AUGGAUAAUGGUCCAUGGUAUUCUAAAAAGGAGGGUAGUCCUCUCAAAUUAUCUAGAAAUGCUUCAAUAACAUCUCCUAGAAGAAUGGAUAAUUCUGAGUUGAAAUUAAUAAGGGAAUACAAUAGUCAGGUUUCAAUUCCUGAUCAUUAAAUACUGUCUUUUGAUCAUUUGUUGGAUGAAAUCAAUUUUGGAAAAUUCUAAUACUGGAUAUAUGGUAUUAUGGCCUUGAUGAGUAUUAGUGAAGGAGCUUAAAUUACUAUAUUUACAUUAAUGGUCCCCAUAUUAAAAAAUGAAUGGCACAUUUCCGAUUCAUUAAAUUCGUUAUAAGCCAGUUUUGUUUUUGUAGGAUAUUUAGUAGGUUCAAUGCUGUCAGGACAAUUGGCUGAUAGAGUUGGCAGAAAGAAACCAUUUCUAAUUAGUUCAUUUUUUACAUGUCUAUUGUCCUUAGGAACCAUCGCAUGCUAAGAAAUUUAUUCACUUUUGAUAGUCAGAGCAUUACUAGGAAUUCUGGUUGGUCUCUUUGCCCCUUGUGGAGUCACAAUGAUCUCAGAGAUUACCCCUGGUCAUUUAAGAGGGAGAUAUAUGGGCUUAAUAACUUUGACAUUUGCUAUAGGUCAACUGUUUGGGUUGUUUGUAGCUGAAUUUACAUUGACAUCAUUGGAUGAAGGUAAUUGGAGAUUACUGACCUUUUGGUGUUGCCUACCAGGAUUCUUGGCUUGGUUUAUUAGUAUAUUUCGGUUGAGGGAGAGUCCUAGGUUUGCUUUGUUAAGUGGAUAGAAGGAUCUAGCUUACAAUAUUAUCUAAGAAAUGAUUAAUUCAAAUCAAGCUUCAAUUCAAUUUAAUGAUGAAAUGAAGAUUAAAUUAUCCAAUUGGACUCAUGCAAUGAAUAGAAUUGCCAAAAAUCAAAAUAAUGCUUCAAUAACAUCACUAUUUGAGAAUAAUAGAUUCUUUCUGACAAUUUUAAUUUGGUUUAAUUGGCUUAUACUUUCAUUUGUUUAUUAUGGAAUCGUACUUUUAUUACCAGACAUAUUGUCACAUAUUGAACAAGGUCAGACUGGAAGAGAUAAGAUAAUUUAAUUAGUAGUAUCCUGCAUUAGUGAUAUUUUGGGUGCUGUAGCAGCUGCUUUCUUUAUUGAAUUAAAAGGGUUUGGAAGAAAGAACUCUUUAAUAAUAUUCUUUACUAUACAAGCCAUAACAGCACUAAUGGGAUUUUAUGAUAUUGAACAUCGUUUUAUAUAUUGGGCAACCGCAUCUAAGUUUUUUCUAUCUAUGACUUUCAUCUUUUCAUUUUAAUAUACAGCUGAAGUAUACCCAACUAAAAUAAGGACAACAGGAAUAGGUAUGGCCAAUGGAAUAGGAAGAUUAGGAGGAGUGAUCAUGCCGUGGAUAUGCAUGUAUAUGAAUAGCCAGAAAUUGCGAAGUCCUUUUGUGUUGUUUUCCGUUCUCUCUGUUAUUACGUCAUUAUCAAAUUGUUUUUUGCCAUUUGAAACCUUAGGAAAAGAAUUGGAAUGA